AUGGCUCCCGCUGUUUCUGCUCGUGGUCGCAAGGCCCAGAAGGUCACCAAGAAGUAUGUCAUCAACGCUUCUCAGCCCGUGAACGACAAGAUCUUCGACCUCUCCGCUUUCGAGAAGUUCCUCCACGACCGCAUCAAGGUUGAGGGCCGCGUCGGCAACCUCGGUGACAAGAUCGUCAUCUCCCAGUCCGGCGAGGGCAAGAUCGAAGUCGUUGCCCACAUCCCCUUCUCUGGUCGCUACCUCAAGUACUUGACCAAGAAGUACCUCAAGAAGCAGCAGCUCCGUGACUGGCUCCGUGUCGUCUCCACCUCCAAGGGUGUCUACGAGCUCCGCUUCUACAACGUCGUCAACGAGGAGGGCGACGAGGAGGAGGAGUAA